AUGAGUAUCUCGUUUAGUGUCAGUAAGGCCCCAACAGUGUGUAUCUCGUUAAUUGUCAGUAAGGCCCCAACAGUGUGCCUCUCGUUUGGUGUCAGUAAGGACCCAACAGUGUGUAUCUCGAUUAGUGUCAGUAAGGCUCCAACAGUUGUCAGUAAGGCCCUAACAGUGUGUAUCUCGAUUAGUGUCAAUAAGGACCCAACAGUGUGUAUCUCGUUUGGUGUCAGUAAGGACCCAGCAGUGUGCCUCUCGUUUAGUGUCAAUAAGGACCCAACAGUGUGUAUCUCGUUUGGUGUCAGUAAGGACCCAGCAGUGUGCCUCUCGUUUAGUGUCAGUAAGGCCCCAACAGUGUGCCUCUCGUUAAGUGUCAGUAAGGCUCCAACAGUGUGUCUCUCGUUUAGUGUCAGUAAGGCCCCAACAGUGUGCCUCUCGAUUAGUGUCAAUAAGGCCCCAACAGUGUGUAUCUCGUUAAGUGUCAGUAAGGUCCCAACAGUGUGUAUCUCGUUUGGUGUCAAUAAGGCCCCAACAGUGUGCCUCUCGUUUAGUGUCAGUAAGGCCCCAACAGUGUGUAUCUCGUUAAGUGUCAGUAAGGCCCCAACAGUGUGUAUCUCGUUAAGUGUCAGUAAAGCCCCAACAGUGUGUAUCUCGUUAAGUGUCAGUAAGGCUCCAACAGUGUGCCUCUCGUUAAGUGUCAGUAAAGCCCCAACAGUGUGUAUCUCGUUAAGUGUCAGUAAGGCUCCAAAAGUGUGUCUCUCGUUUAGUGUUAGUCACGCCCCAACAGUGUGUAUCUCGUUAAGUGUCAGUAAGGCCCCAACAGUGUGCCUCUCGUUAAGUGUCAGUAAAGCCCCAACAGUGUGUAUCUCAUUAAGUGUCAGUAAGGCUCCAAAAGUGUGUCUCUCGUUUAGUGUUAGUCACGCCCCAACAGUGUGUAUCUCGUUAAGUGUCAGUAAGGCCCCAACAGUGUGUAUCUCGUUUAGUGUCAGUAAGGCCCCAACAGUGUGUAUCUCGUUUAGUGUCAGUAAGGCCCCAACAGUGUGCCUCUCGUUUGGUGUUAGUCACGCCCAAACAGUGUGCCUUUCGUUUAGUGUCAGAAAGGCCCCAACAGUGUGCCUCUCGUUUAGUGUCAGUAAGGCCCCAACAGUGUGUAUCUCGUUUAGUGUCAGUAAUGCCCCAAGAGUGUGCCUCUCGUCGGGUGUCAGUAAGGCCCCAACAGUGUGUAUCUCGUUUAGUUUCAGUAAGGCACCAACAGUGUGCCUCUCGUUUGGUGUCAAUAAGGCCCCAACAGUGUGCCUCUCGUUAAGUGUCAGUAAGGCCCCAACAGUGUGCCUUUCGUUUAGUGUCAGUAAGGCUCCAACAGUGUGUCUCUCGAUUAGUGUCAGUAAGGCCCCAACAGUGUGA